GAAAACAUACAUACACCAAAAUGGAGGCACGUUUUCUGGGUCUCGUUCGCGAUAACGACGUGUUGGAAGUAACUGUGGCGCUUUCUGAGGUGAAUGGUAUCACAGACUUUCCUCUUGACCUUGGGUCACUCCGGGACAAGUUCGGCAGGUCUGUACUGGAGCUAGCCGUGGACAGCGGGUCGCGGGAAGUGGCCGAGGUUCUGUUAGACCACGGCGCACCUAUUGGUGACGCGCUGCUGUACGCAGUCGACAGACAAGACGUCGACGCUGUGCGGAUCUUGCUGCAGAGAGAGAUCAUGAGAGGUCCAACGUACUGCGUGGACCUUGAGGAUGGCAGCAGCGCCUUCCCCAGCUACAUGACUCCGGUCAUGCUAGCAGCCAUGAAGAACAACUACGAUAUCCUAGAGAUGCUGCUUCAAGCUGGCUUCCCUACACCUGCGCCAGACGACUACAAAUGGACAACCGACAUCAGCGAGUCCAUCGCUUGGCUGGACGCCUACCGUGCGGUGUGCAGUCCGUCCUACAUCCUCCUCACCAGCACCGACCCGUUCCGUACGGCCUUCCGGACGGCCAAGGCUCUUCGGGACGUCCUUUGGAAGCGGGAACAGUACCGGCCUGAGGUGGAGCAGCUGGCGGACCAGUGUGAGACGUUCGCGUAUGAGUUACUGGGGGAAGUACGGUCAACUAAGGAAAUCGAGGCCAUUCUCGGCCACCCAUGCACCCCAGAGGACUCUACGUGUGGAAAAUCCACCUCUACUCUGCGUUUAGCCAUGGACCUCCAGUUAAAGCAGUUCACGACACACCCUCUGUGUAUUGACCACGUCGAGAAGCUGACGUACAAAAAGAUUAUUGACUACGACCAGUCCUUCAGCGGAUGGGAGCAGGCGUCCUCUGCCUACGGCAUGGCUAUCAAGGCGAUACUCGGGCUGGCGUAUCCAUUCCUGUGCAUGGCCCACCUCCUGGCACCCCAGUCAAAGAUCGGAGCGUUUUCGAGCAUCCCUGUCGUCCGGACGAUGUACUGGACCUACUCCUGGAUCAUCCUGCUGGUUCUGCUGAUGGUGGAGUCUCAGUCCUACCGAGUCGGUCCGGCGGAAAUAGACAGCAUCGUCAGAGGCACCCCUGUACCGUCGAUAAGAAUAUCUCCUUCCGCAAUACUGAUCAUGAUAUGGGUCACUGACAUCGCAUGGAAAAAUUUGCAAGACGUUUGGAGCGAAGGCCUGAUGGAACAUUUUAAACACCUGUGGAACAUCCUAGACUUUAUGAUGGUUGCUGUUUUCCUGGCACAGUUCACCCUCCGGGUUUGGGCAUCUUUAAAGCUUGAUGUCUACUCAGCGGAUAGUACGGUGGCGGAUGACUGGGCACGCAGAGCAAAUGAGAACACCUUGCAGCCGAUUGUAGUUGCGGAUGCCCUCUUCUCCAUCUUCACGAUCGUCGUUUUCAUCCGAGCCAUAUCGCUGUUCACCUCGUAUCGCUUUCUGGGGAUGCUGCUGAUCUCCAUCGGACGAAUGCUCAUGGACAUCGCGAAGUUCAUCGUCUUUUCCGGACUGAUCCUGUUUGCCUUCGCGUGCGGCUUGAACCAGCUGUACUGGUUCUACGGGACGAUGCACCAGUACCUCUGUUCCAAAUACUCAAAGAGCAACCUACAGACGGCUUGUUCGAAUUUAUUUGGUUUUGACACACUUCCCAACUCCCUACAAGCCCUGUUCUGGACUGGCUUUGGUGUUCUUGACCUGACUACGCUUGACCUGAAGCCAGGUACAAGUCCCGUGGACCUGUUCCAGAUACAAGAAUGGCCUGUCAUCACAGAGACUGUCGGCAAAGUCAUCUAUACCGUGUACCAAGUCAUUGGUGUGUUGGUUAUCGUCAAUCUGAUCAUCGCCAUCAUGAGCGACUCAUAUACCAGAACAGAGGAGGACAAACGCACUGACUGGGCCUUUUCGAUGAUAAAACAGCAGUUGUACAACCUUGAUGUGGACGUGUCCCUGCCGCCACCCUUCGGCCUGAUGAUGUCCGUGAGGAACGCUCUUGUCCGCCCGGUGUUGAUAUUGUGUGGUCGGCGAAACAAUCCUCCUGAUUCAGACACGAACGCAGAGAGAGCCGUCCACCCAGCUCAGUCAUCACUGCCUGCGAAACAGGAUGUGUACAACAUGGUUGUUGGCAGGCUUAUAACCAGAUAUUUGCUGCGCAAGGAAAGGAGUCUGGAAUAAAUGGAAUGAAGGGACAGUUGUAAUUGUAUUUAUUAUCAAUCUUUUAAUCUCAAUCUCGUUAACCAUCUGCCUUUUAUAGACAUCUUAAUUUUAAUUGUCGUAAUGCGAAACUUUGUUGAAAUAACCCACAUUUAUAUACGAAUCUUACGUUGCCAUUUUACUCUAUUAUUUCAGGUAUUUUGCUAGUUUUACUAACUGCAAUGAAAACAGUUGGUUACUUGGUUACUUGAAUGUAUAUGCAUGUUAUUAAAUUGAGCCAACAUUCUCUUCGAUACUUAUAUAUAUACGCUGAGCACCGAUCUCAGCUUUAACCAUGGAGAAGCUGGAGAUAAAGAUGUUACAUUUAUCUGGAAGAAGGCGAUGGUUCUAAUGCCCGCUUAAUACUAUAUAGUUCUUUUUGUCAUUAAAAAUGUUAUUAGUGUGAUUAUGUUAAUGCAAGCUCUUACUUCACAUACUGUAAUUAGCAUACACUCUGUUAGCCUCCUCAAAGCUGAUGUAAGCUAUAGAGCAGGUAGUCAGUAGGCAAACACAGAAUUUCACCCCAUUUGAAUUGUGCUGUAACAGUUGCUAUGUUUUCCUAAGAUUAUGUUGCGUGUUAUUGAGACAGAUGACCGAAUAACAUUGUGAACGAACGAUGAGAGAUUAUCAAACAACUCACAUACGUUAAAAAAAAGUAAUGCACUAGGAGUUUGUCUGACAAAAAGGACUGCAAUGCUUGUCCGGUUCCUCGUCAAAUAUUGAUGAAAUCUAAGAUUACAAUUGUACCUCACAAUCCCUCAUGGGAAGAUGUCCAGUGUGUAGCAUAAUGUCCUGAAUGCUUCGCUGUUGUGUUUUUGUUCCAAGUGCCGGGGAUAUUAUACCGAUUCCGCGUUGUCUCGUAACUCCGGAAGCUUGAUCUGAAUUAGCCUAGUCAUUGUUGAACAGACAACAACGCUUGUUCCGUUGACGACAGUAGAUCCCAAUCUUGAUGUGGCUUGUUCUAGAGCCAAUUAUCUGCAUUUCAUUCUCCUCCGUAAUGCCAACCAAAACACGCCUUAAGGUAAGACGUAACCACUUACUGAUGCCGAGAAAGAAUGCCCUUUUACCCAAGCUGCAUUCGUGACAUAUAAUAGAUCUAUUCAGCCGAACAUGCUUUGUGCAGUGCAAUGCGCAUCAGAUAGCCUCCAUACAAGAAAAAGAAAGCACAUUUCCUUGUUCGUGGUAGGCUAAUUAUUCCUUUUCCGUAAAGCAAUCAUUGUGUCCAGUUCGCGGUGAAGUUUUUUUUUCAUGAAUGAGUGUUGAAAAUGAUGUAUGUACGUUACAAGUGAUAAACAAAAGAAUUAAUGGAUUUAACGAGUAACAAAUGUAUCUUCAACGUUAUUUGGUGAUUUUUAGAUUGACAGUGUAAUUAAAUUGUUUAACUAUUAUGAAAUGCUUUGUUUGAUUUUCUAAUGCGUUUUGUACCAUGCCCUGAAUUCCAUUUGAGACCUAACUAGUAUAAAGCAGUUCUACUAAACUGUGAAUACCUCGAGGGUACUGCGCAAGAGAUCUCUUAAACUCACUAUGGCCCGGAGAAUAUAUAAAUUGAAUGGAGGCUUCAUAUCAUCUGUAGCAAAACCUGAUCUCAGCACUCCUGUUGCCGAUCAUAUCAAGUUAUGACGGGAUGUAAACCAUCCGGGACUGCACGUGCAAACACACUUGUGGCCAUCCCAAGG